GGUGGCCGGUGCCACGCACUCGCAGCGAGUGGCGUCGUCGUCGCCGGCCGGCCUCGCCUCGGCUCUCCCUGCUUUUCUUCCACCGACCAGCGCCAGGCCCUAUAAAAUACCACGCCCGGCCCCCCAUGGCAUCGUGUCGCCACGCCAUUACUCACCAGCAACCACCUCCGCUGAUUCCCGCACACGUCGUCGCAUUCCCCGAUCUGGGAGUAGUAAACUUUACUCCAGCAGGGGAAAGGACCGUACGGAUAAGUUCUUACUCUCAUCCUUGGAUAGAUCCGUUCCUUCGCUGAUCCGCCUCUGCUCAGAGCCUCAGGCUAGCUGUUUCUUCACCGUUCCAUCAUGUCCAUGGCCACGAGAGCGCUCGCCGCCGUCGUCACCGGCCGCCGGGCGGCCGAGCAGAGUGGGCUCGCCGCCGUUCUCUCGUCGUGCAGGAGCGGAGGAACUCGGGGUCUGUCGCACAGCAGCGCCCAACAGCGCCGGGAGGACCAGAGCGCCGGCGACCGUCACGACGCGGCGGCGGCGGCGGCGGUCACCGCGGCGCAGGUGGAGGCGUCGCUGAACCGCAAGAACGUGGAGGUGGUGCAGGGGGACCGGUCCGCGACGCUGCUCCCCGACGAGGCGGCCGACGCGCUGGGCGGCGUGGGCGCCGAGGAGGCCGCCGACGCCUGGGUGCCCGACCAGGAGACGGGGGUCUUUGUCCCCGCCGAGGAGGCCGCCGGCAACGGCCACGGCGGCCCGCACGAGCAGCCUGCUGGGCCGUCGGUGCUGGACCAGGCGGUGUUCGUGCGCGAGGACAUGGAGGACGUCGAGAGGCCUCCCGUCGACAUGGCCAGCGCCCACGGCGGCGCCAAGUGAACAACCCCACCAUGCGCGCCGCCGGCGACGACCGUGUAGGCUCUCACCCCGGACGAUAGCUGUAGGCCUGUAGCAAAUAAGCUUUCUGAUGAUGGAAUAAACCGUGUCUCCUCUUUCUAGAACGUUCCAGAAGUUAUCAGUUCAGAGCUCCAAGAGUUCGCAUCUCAAGUUCUUUGGCAAUGGCAACUUCAGUAACCUGCACACAUUCCAGUGUAGUCUGUGUCACCUGUGAAGGCACUGUAUCUGUACCCGGUA